AUGUUUUCGGCUGACACGGUCGCCAAGUAUAAGGAAGAAUUUAGCGAAAUGUGGUUCAACACCCCUUGUGGGGAAGGCAUGUGGCCUCGGGCGACAAUUACUAACGAGUGGAAGCCCAGUUGCAGGUGGAAGCCCAGUUGCAGGUGUCCCAAACUUAGAGUCACAUGCCAGACGGCGAAUGACGCAGGCGAGAAGCUCUAUGUCUCCGUCGACACUUACGGCAUGCAGGACAGCCCCAUGUUUAUGGCCUACCACAACGUCUUCCCUGACUCCAACAUAACAGGAUACGGAACGGCCUUCCCCAUUAAAAGAUGCUUCUACCAAUGCCUCACUCAACUCUUCCAAGACUCGCCGCCUCCUUUCAAAGAGAAAGGUUAUCUACGUCAAGGCAAACCUGCGGACCGCUUAGUGGCCGUCGGCUGA